AUGGAGUUAUUUGAAACUUUUAAACGCAAUUAUGAAGAUUCUGUAGAAAGUCCUGUAUAUGGUUACUUACUUCAUAACGAUGAGCAAAGACUUGAAAUUUUGGAAAAGUAUCCAGAAAUAUCUGCAAGGGAACUUUCCAUAACGAUCGCUAAUAAGUGGAGAAGUCUGUCGGAGGAAAAGAAAAAUGAAUAUUCUGAGAAAGCUAAAGAAUUGAAUUGGGAGCGACUCAGCGAGUUUAUGAUAAACAAGUGCGAAAAAGGCGUGCAACUUGAACAUGUAAAUGAUUUAGUUGUGAAAUUGAAAGAGAUGCGCUAUCCAUCCAAAAAAUCGAGACAUCUCUUAUCUUUUAAAGAAAGCGAAGAAAGUGACGAGGAUGUGUCAGAUUAUAACAUUUAUACGCAAGGAUCAUAUCAAUAUGAUUCAAAUACCAAUUCAUCAUCUACGUUGUCAGUCGAUUCAUUAGAACAACCAUCAAACGCAUUUGCACAUUAUGUAAUUGAUGGUACACCAAGUUUGUUGCGAGUUUAUCCUAACAUGAAUCUUGAAGGUGUUAAACAAGUGUUACUAGAUAAUUGGAAUAAUAUGUCACCGGAACUUCGAGCUCCUUGGGUAAAGAUGGCUGAACAAAGUUAUGAGGGUUACGAACGUCUUGUUUCAAAUAUUGAUAGUAAUGACUCAACCGACAACGAUUUUGAUGAUUUGUUUAAUAAUACUGAAGAAGGUUCCGAAAUUGGUGAAUCCAAUCAAAGUUAUAUUCAAGAAUUAAUUCAUACAUAUAAUUAUCAUAACAAAUCACAACAUCUUGAAACGGUUCAAGUUCCUACAGAUUCCCACAGUGAAUCUUGGAUACAACCAUUUAAAAUGUAUGAAAAUAAUGUUGAGAAUGGGGAAUUGGUUACAAUAUCCCCACUUUAUACGACACGUCAAAGUGAAGUUGUGACUAAAAAGGACCUUCCUGAUUUUGAAGAGGUCGUUUCAGAACAUCGUGACACUCAAUUGGACGUACAGUCUUCAUAUCAAAAAAACAUUUCAGCUCACACACGCAUUCUUUCAUUCACUCAAGAAAAUAUACAAAAUGGUCAAACAAUUGCUUCUAAACCUUCAAAAAAAUGCGAUAAACCUCUUGAAAUACAAUUCUUGGUCGAACCUUACGACAAAGAAAAUGAUCAUGCAUACGUAGCAUCACCUGAUGAAUGUAAAAGGGACACAUUUUAUUUAUCAUCAACCAAACCAUUUCAUCCACGUAAUAUGAACUGUUCCAAUGAAGAAAAUGAUCAUAAACCUCGUAACGUACAACAAUUUCAACAAGAUAAACGAUACAGUCUCCAAGUGCCAGUACCUUAUAUAGGUGCAUGCGAUCAUUACCAAAGAGCUACCAAUUUUGAUAGUAAGUAUAAAAAUGGCCUACAAGCUCGACAAACAGAAUUUAACAAAAGCUUUAAUAUUAAAUGGAAACAAUUGGUGUUCUCUGAAAAGAAAAUGUGGGAAGAUAUGGCAAAAGCAGACAAAGAAAGAUAUGAAAAGGAAAGGGAGGAAUAUCAAACUUCUCAAUACGAGCGUUUUCUUAAAUCUCAAGAAGGAAUUCCUUUGUAUGAUUGGUUCAAGGCUGAUAUCUUGUUUUAA